AAAUCCCGUUAUCAGUCUCUGGGGCAUUAACACCAUUGCCUAUCUCUGAGGAGACCCUGUGCAGACGGGAGAAAUUUCCCCUGACUGGGAUUUGGACGGGAACGGGGAGCAGGAAAUAAUUCAGGCUGAGGAGGGUGCGAUGGCUAAUUCGGGGUUUCAGCUGCUGGGGUACUUCUUGGCGCUGGGAGGCUGGGUCGGGAUUAUUUCCACCACGGCGCUACCCCAGUGGAAACAGUCUUCCUAUGCCGGGGACGCGAUAAUCACCGCGGUGGGACUGUACGAGGGUCUGUGGAUGUCCUGCGCUUCCCAAAGCACCGGGCAAGUUCAGUGCAAAGUCUACGACUCCUUGUUGCUGUUGGAGGCCCACAUCCAGGCAUCCCGGGCCCUGAUGAUUGUUUCCGUUGUCCUUGGAUUUAUCGGCAUCAUUGUCAGUGUGGUUGGAAUGAAAUGCACAAAAGUAGGAGACAAUAACCCCCUUACCAAGAGCAGGAUUGCCGUCUCAGGAGGUGUCCUCUUUCUCGUGGCUGGACUCUGCACCCUUGUGGCAGUAUCUUGGUAUGCAACGAAUGUUUCAAAUGAGUUCUUUGACCCUCUAACACCAGUCAACGCCAGGUAUGAGUUUGGCUCGGCCCUAUUUGUAGGAUGGGCAUCUGCGAGCCUCACAAUCUUGGGAGGGUCCUUCCUUUGCUGCUCCUGUCCAAAUGAAGAAAGAAGGAGCCAGUUGUACUACAGAUCAUCUCAACUAUCCUCAGCCAAAGAGUCAAAUUUAAAGAAAGCAACGUCUGUCAAGGGGGAGCAGUAUUUGUAGCAAGCCACUCCUGUGGCAUCUCAAGACAAUAUCGUAUAUUUUGUUCAUGUGAAGGAUUCAGUCAAUGGCAA